AUGGCGACUCCGAUCGGUUCUCCCCGUGUCCCCUCAACUGUCGGUUCUUCACUAGUGACGCCACUUGCUCGGGAUGUCGUGGAGCCCGAUGAUAGUGCCCACGCAUCUCGCUGCACUGCGCCCGCCUCGCACGCUUCGCUCGCUCGCUCUGCUUCGCUGCUUGCUUCGCCGCCUGCUGAGGACGAUCAGAGAGCUCAGCACCAUGCGCCGCUUUUGCCAUGCUCUGCUGCUGCUGCUUUCGCAACGCCUGGCACGAUGCACCCCGGCUUGCUGCCUGCUUCUGCCACCGCUCGUGCUUUGCCCAUGUUGCCUGCCUUUUCUGCGUCCGCUGCCCCUGCUGCUUCCGCACCUUCUCUUCUUCCGACCGAUCUUUCCUCUUGCCCUCUGUCCCUUCGCGGGGAUCCAGAGGGCGCUCGGGCCCUCUUUGGGUCCGGGCCAGACGACCGCGGUCCACCGAUUUCGGACCCAGCGUCUUUCCGUCCACCGCGCCCCGAUUCUUACGGGCCGGUGGCUGGCCGCGGUGGAGCCCCGCUCCCCGACGUGCCUAUGAGCGAGCACCCAGCUGCACCCCAUGAUUCCGUCGCAACGAUUACCGCGGCGGAUCAUGGUGGUGCUGCCCCCGCCACCGAUUCCGGCGGGAGGCUUGCUGGACCCUGUGCUGUCAGGGCCCUGGUCGAUGAAGCCAUUGGGUCGGACGCAUCCGCGCGCAUCGCCACCGAUAUUCUGGCGAUCGCGCAGGGUGUGGCCAACACCCAAGCCGACCUCGAUAUACUGAGGAACGGCGUCUCGGAUAUCACCGAAGCGCUCGAAAGCAAGAUCCGAGACAUGUGGGAGCUUCUUCAGGCCGAGUUGAGGAAAGAGCGUGAGCUGUUCAUGCAGUUCCAGGACUCUUUCCACGAGAGGCGGAUUUCUGACCACGAGACGCUUGAAGAUCAUUUUGCGAAGCUCACUUCGAUGUUCAACGAUCGACUCAUUGAGUUCGAUGAGCGGAUCCAUCAAUUCAACGAAAAGCGUGCUGGAUCGCUAUCCAUGCAGCUUGCCGAAACGAUCCGCCACAUCAAGCAGUACCCAGACGUGCUGCGGCAGAUCCAGAUCAAUAUCUCUAAUGCGCUUCGGCACCGCAUCGAAGUCAUCAGAUCUGAGAUGAGUCGCGCUCUCUACGAUCAUAAGGAGAGUAACCGAGCUCAUAUCGAUCAGCUGACUGCUCGGAUCCAGCACCUCGAAAACGCUCAUGUCCGCAGAGGCGGUUCUGAUAGAUCAACGCCUUCGCGUCCGGAACGGACGCAGUUCUUCGAUAUCAGUGACCACGGUGGGGAUAUUCCACGCCCCGCGGACCUGCCGCCAGUUCCUGGUGCUCUAUUCCCUGGCGGACCGACUACAGCUAUCCCGAGGUCUUCCCUGUUGGGUCCGAUCGAUCACGGCUCUCCGCCGGGAUGCAACGCUGCGCCUGCUGAAAAGGCCUCAACGGUUCACUCUCAGACGAGUGGAAUCAAUCUCGAUGAAAUUCUGAGGCGAGCGCAGCAACGAGUCGCUGACGAACAACCUGCCGAAAGUCGCGGGCAAAAUAAUCCUGUUGAGCCCGUCCGACAUAAUUUUGGCCAAACGUCGGCGUGUUUUUCGGGAAGAUCGCCGAAUCAGGCCGUUCCUUCCGCAAAUGCCGCCGGAGCGACUUCCGGUCAGGCUCCGAGCCUCAGGCCAUAUCAAGUCGAUGAUGCAGGGAAGGGACCAUCACGAUGGUAUGAUGCGAUGCUUGGCCGAUCAAAUCUCAUUGGCAACAGUGCUGGCGCACCAAUUCUCCAUAGUGAGACCGGUACUUUUACCCUUGCGCCGAACACGAGCGUUACUGCAACGCUUCAGCAUGCUGCAGCCAACGAUGCCAUGCCCCCGAUGCCUACCUUCAGUGCCAGAACGUCCGUUCCUGCACCCAGUGCCGCGCCAUCCGGGUUUGGCGGACCGCCGCCCGCGCAUAACGGAGACGGCGGUUAUUCCGGUGGUGAUGGCCCCAACGAUGACGGGGGUGCAUAUGGCGGUGGCUUCGGAGGACAUGGACACCACGGGUCCGGUUUUGGCCCCGGUGGCGGUGGUGGCCCAUCCGAUGGCCCACCUGGUGGUCCGCCUGGUGGUGGCGGCCCUCCUGGCGGGAGUGGUCCGCCCGAUGGCGGCCUUGAUCCGCCUAGCAUCAGGCCCUCCGGUCGGCCGAGUGGGAACGAUACGUUCCAGUGCGAGCGCUGCACCGGAACUUUCCCGACCACCGUGCGACGGUCGUGCAUAUCUUGCCGAUUCUCGUGCUGCAACGGAUGUUGCCGAGAUCCUUUGAGAAUCUGUCUCGUGUGUCUUGAGAGACAGACUGGAAAUCCACCUGGUCCCAACGAUUCGGGAUCCGGUGGACCCAAGGGCGAUGGAUCGCUGAGCGAGGCCAAGAAGGCAAAGUGCAAGUCCUUUCGUCUCGAUCCCGAGCCGGAGCCUGCUCAGCUGCGACGCUGGAUCGUCGAUAUGAAAGAGCGAGUCGCGAACGCAUUCGCCUACGAUCCCGGAUACGCACUCUCAUGGGUUGAGAUUCCCGAUGGUACACGAUAUGAAGAUCUCCUCGAUGAGUGCAAGUACGGAAUGCUUGAAAACGAAUGCAACUCUGCGUUCCGAGAGUGCGUCCGAUCCAUUGCACUGAAGAAUAAGAUCCAGACCGAGACCGAGCGCAUGCAUACGAUAAACCGGCGACUCGGAAGUAGGCAGAUCUUGUGGCUACUGUAUGAUUUCCUUCGACCACAUGUCACUGGCGAUUCGACUUUCAAGCUCGUUGACCUGAUGAAGACCACGAUUGAUCGGUUUACUCAUGGAUCCGAGCAGGAAAGGCUGGAAGCCUUCUCCAAUCGGUGGGAUCAUGUUCUCGCUGGUAUCUCAGUUGAUCGCCCCGAAGAUCCUGUUCUCUGCGCCCUCUUCUACGAGCAGGUGCGUGAGUUCCGCUGUCUCGAGCUCGAUAUGCAGUUAUGGGACAGGGACGUAUCCGUACGGAACUACGCAUACUUGCGAACCGUCUGCGUCGACGCGAUUACAACUUGGCGCCGACGACGCAAUCAGGAGAAGAUGUACACCGCUACAAGGUCUACCUCUGCGCAAAGACGAUACGCUGAGAGGGAGUCCGUACCGAAGGAGCUCGCCGAGGCGCUCGUCACCCAGACGAUCCUCCCCGCGACGCGGAUCGCCAAGGCGAUAUUCCCGCAGUCCGGGACGAGCAGCUCCCGCACCGACUCGCCCGAUGUCGCGAUCCCCGCGAGGACGGGAAAUCUGCUACGAUUUCAAGAAAGGCAGAUGCACGCGAGGAAGCGGAUGCAAGUUCUCCCACAACCUGAAGGGAAGAAGCUCCUCGCCGAAGGGUUUCCCGCCUCGAUCUCAGCAAUGACAGCAUCCUCCUUUGGAGACUUCGCCUUCGCUUGCGUUGCAUCAUUCGAUAUGGCAUGUCCGUCAGUCAAGCGGAAGACAGUAUCGUUUGGGAAUACUGAGACCCGCGUGAUAGAGUCUUCUUUCCCGGAGCCAAACUUCGGUCCCGUCAAUCGCGAGAGGAAUUUGAACUAUUCGUGGCCGGAAGAUAUCCGUGGUCUGAAUAGUGCUCGCGAGAGGCGAAGGGCACACAUGAAGGCUGUGCUUUGGAGAGAGCAGGUUUUGCUCGAUGACGUUGAUGCCAAAACGCUAGGAAAUGAUGCUUGUGUUCUUGAGCUCACGCUUUCUCAGCGGAGCGCUUGCGAGGUCUUUGCUGCUGCUGUCAAGUCUAUUAAGAGGGUCCGGAGACUUAUGCUCGACUCCGGUUGCGGUAUAGACCUUAUUGGUCUCGGUGAUCUGUCCCGCGAGGAAAGGGAUCUGAUAGUUCAGAAUGCUAAGAUUAGCCUUAGGACCGCCAAUGGGAAAACUAACACCAAGGGUGUUGCCCAUAUGCGCAUUGACGGCCUCGAUGAGCUGAUUGAAGCUUAUGUGUUGGAAAGCACACCAAGUCUCCUUUCCCUUGGGAAACGAUGCAAGGAGCUUGGUUACCGAUUUAUCUGGGAACCCUUUUGCGAUCCGAUAUUCUUUGACCCCAAAGGGAAGCGACUCAAGAUUGAUGUUAUCAAUAACAUCCCCUACCUCGCUCCGAGCGAAACCGAGGUAGUGGCGGGUCGACCUGAUCUCCCUCGUGUGUAUCCGGCACUCCCAGCACCGAUCAUUAUCCACGAGAAAAUCGUGGCUGCUGGUGAAGAGCCCGUAGGCGAGCUAGACGAUAUCGGAGAGCUCGAUCUUGAUAUGCCUGGUGCUAAGAGUGCCCAGAAAGGUGCACCUGACGAUGCCAAGAAGGUGCCCAACAAACCUAAGCAUCAAUCGCCACCCGACGAACCGAGAGCGCGCGAUCUGAGGGAGGAGGCAAAAUCCAUCCGUCACCCCAUGACCCAUUUACCUAAGAACCCCUAUUGCGAUGCUUGCCAACGUGCAAAGAUGGAAAACGUUAAGUCAUUUCGCCAAGACUCACCACGCGAUAAAGGGUUUGAGAAAUUUGGCGAGCACGUCACCAUCGAUACUAUGGUGUUGCACGGGCUUGGCAAUCGCGGGAAUAAUGGGGAAACAGAUGCUGUUGUCUUCUAUGAUCUAGCAACUGAGUGGUUGGAGAGUGUCCCCGUCAAGGGGAGAACGAAUGCCGACACGCUUCGAGCGUUCCAGCAGGUCUUCGGUGACCUUCAGGAUGUGAACUCGUUCUCCAUGGAUGUGGAGAGAAGGUAUGCACCUUCCGCGAUCCGGGAAAUCUACUGUGAUAAAGCCCGUGAGUUCAUAUCGACCUGCAAGAGAGUUGGCAUCUCUGUAAAGCAUUCCACUCCUGGCAUGCCUCGCACUAAUGCCAUUGCCGAGAGCAGGGUGAAGCUUGUCCUUCAUGGCGCACGUGUGGCGCUUCGGCAAGCGGGUCUGAGCGCCAAAUUCUGGCCUUAUGCGUGUAAGCACUUCUGUCAUGCUCGCAACAUCGAGCUGCGCGAAGGGCAAAGUGCGUAUUCGCUCCGAUUUAAUGGUGCCGAAUUUGACGGUCAGGUUCUUCCAUUCGGAUGUCUUGUUGACUUCUAUCCCACGCCGGCACGGAAACAAACCCGGCGUAGUCAGAGAGAUGAAGUCGUACUUGGCGAUGGUGAGGAAUAUGCUGUACCCGCGCCUGGAGAUGAUGGAUUGGUCGAAGUCGAAAUUGGAUUCGAUGAUGAUGGUUAUCUCGAAUGGAUCGACGAUGGAGAUGACGAUCGAUCUGGAUCCCUCCAAGGACCCGAUGUUGAUCAACGCUUAUCAUCCUACCAGCGCCCCAGCAAGUUCUCUCCCACGAGCAAGCCUGGUGUAUUUCUGGGUUACCACUUCGAGAAUGGGGGCAAGUGGGACGGUGACUACAUUGUCGCCGACCUUGAAGGUUUCAAGCGCGACGCAUUGCGUGCAAGCGUCCAUCAGGUCAAGAAGAUCUAUUGCUCACCUAAGGAGCGAUGGACGUUUCCGAUGCUGGCUGUGUACGACAAACAGACACGAUCAGUAUGCAUCAACGAUCCCGCGAUGCAUUCUAACGUGCCACAGCCGAGUGAGCGUCUUGACGCCUCCGACAUGCUCGAUCUCGAAGAUAUCGACGAAAUCUUCGCCCUUGACGAGUCAAAGCGAAUGACUGAUGAAGAUAUUCGACAGGCUCGUGAGGCUGAGUUACGAGCAGAGUCCUCUCAUGGAGGAGGCGUCGACUACUGGGAGUAUGAUCCAUCUGCGCAUAAGUGGACGUAUCACGUCGUUGUUCCAAGGAAAGCGAUGGUUCAUCCCAGUAAGACUCCCGGUUCCAUAGGAGAGUCGCCUGAUCCAUGGAAGCUUAGCACGGUGCGUAUAUCGCAUGUUCAAUACAAGGACAAAAGCCCGGUUACGAUCUAUGAGACCGGGUAUGCCUUCGGCAAGACAAGACUCAUGCAGCUCUGGACCGGCACUGUUGAGUUCUAUGAUGACGGCUUUGCCCCACCCAAGAAGAAGUUACCUCCUUAUCAUGGGUCAGAGAUCCUGGAGGGCGAAGGGGGUUUGCCUUAUCGUCAGAGUGUGCCGCGUUCCGAGCGGACAUAUAAAGGGUCUCGAAAACCGAACUCUAUCGACUCAGAAUCCUGGCGCAGUAUGAAUCGCGCCGAACGGGAGGGAUAUGUCGAGGCUGAGCGCCGCGAAGCUGAGUCUCAUGCCAUGUCCCGAGAGGAUUCUCGCGAUGCCGCUCCUGUCGACAUCGCUUACGAUUCAGAAUAUGAGUCGGGUGCCGAACGGCAUGACAAGGAUUACUGGUAUCACGAUGUCGCAGCUGGCACGAUCACCCGAUUUCAUGUGAUCGAACGCCGAGCGCGCUUCAAUCCUACUUCCGUCAAAGAUUGUCCCGUUGAUCCUGCCACAUUGACCGAUGUCAGGAUGACUAUGGCCAUGACUGACGGCACCGAGUUUACAUUGCAGGACUCGUGGAGAUCAUCCGAUGCUCGAUCUCUGCCGUGCCGAUGGACGGGAAAGACAGUCUUCGUUAUUGGUUCUUCCGCCAAAACGCAGAUUAAAGUUCGAACCCGUAUGCCGAACACAGAUGACACGGGGCGCCGCGUGCAGACUGCGAAUGGCUAUUAUGGACACGCGUUGCGUGCAAAGGGCCGUAAUGUCGUGCCUGCCAAAUCUCGCGCCUGUGUCGUUACGGAUCUUGAGUUUGAGCCCCCGGGUGGUAUGUCAGCCCGUCUUCAGCCGCUCCGCGGCAGUGGCCUCGAUGUUUGCCCGGCCAUGUACACGUAUAAUGAAGGGGCAACUCAGUCCGGUGUUGACGUCCUUAAUCCUACCGAAUACGAUAUUAUAGUCGAGCCCGGACAAGACGUUGCGGUGGUUCAGUUUUACACUUCCGUUUUGGCAGCGGUUGAACUCGACUUCACCGCAGACGAUGUGGAAGGUGAUGUUUCUGCGCCGGUUGAACCAUCCGAUGACGGUCCUGCUGUUGAUACAGCACCUGCCAUGCCUGUUCGCCCUGGGUGGGAGCUCAUGGCAUCGAAGAUUAAAUUGGAGCCGCCCUCGAGCAUCAAACGUUACUUGGGAUGCGAGCAUGUUACCUUCUCCCACGUUGUUCCUAGUGCCUUUGAUCCGCGCUCCUAUUGGACGCGCUUCGAGGAGCCCAAGAAGGCGUUUCCCGAGCUGACAUUUGGCGAUCGAGACACCAGUGUCGCGCAGGGCUCUGUUGGUCCUCGAGAAAUUCGAAUGAUCAAAUACGAUAUGCGAUCGUUCAUGGAACAAUGUGUUUCUCGCUAUGUUGAGCUCUGUGGCCCUAAGUAUAAAGCCACCUUGCGGUCGGCUGAUACGCCGUUCCUCGAUGAAUCGCGACCGGAAUUCGAUACCAAUCCGGAUCGACCUGCUGUGAACCGCUUAUUGGGCCAUCCCGCUGACACGCCUGUGCCUCCUGGUAAAGGCGUUCUCGGCGACUGUGCAGCCGCCGUUCUGAUGAAAAUCCUAUAUGGUGCUCGCAUGGGGCAGUACGAUUUGAUUCGUCCUGUGCAGGCACUUGCCAGUCUCAUCACCAAGUGGGAUGGCUUGUGUGAUAAGAAACUCCAUCGACUGGCCGAAAUUGUCUCUCUUGACCACGCUGUGUAUAAGUUGGGCCUGCCUGCUCAAUCUAUGUGGGAGUAUAUGUUGGGCCGCCGUUUCCGAUUGCGGGUCAUGGAAGACAAUGAGGCCGCUAUUCGAGUCAUUAUCACUGGUCACAAUCCAAACAUGCGUCACAUGUCUCGUACCCAGCGUAUCGAUAUCUCUGCGCUGAACGAGCGCUAUCACGCUGGGGAUUUUCUGUUCGUGACGUGUCCCUCUCAGUUCGAGGCUGGUGAUAUUCUGACAAAGGCCUGCACUGAUGCCAAGGUGUGGGGCCGCAACCUUAUGUCUAUUGGUCAUUUUCGUAAAGGUACUCUUAUUUCCUCCGGAAAGAACAAGCAGCCACCGAAGAAGGCUGCUGCCAAGACACCGGCUGCCCGAUCACCUCAGCCGAAGUCUCCCUCGCCAUGCGGGGAAGGCCUUCCGAGCGGUCCGAUUGCGCCGACUAUGGAAAGGCCUCCUGCUCCGCCGAUUCCCACGGAGCAGGCUGAUUCUGAUAUGGGCACCGAUGAAGCCCCAGUCCCGAUUCAGACUCCGAGAGAUGAGUCUACCGGGGGUGGAAAGCGCUCCGAGGACAUUCCGAUAGGAUUGAGGAUGAAGGCGAUGAUGCUGAAGAUCGGGAUCCAAGAGAUCCCACAGGCCUCAAUCUGGCAACGCCUCGAGCAGCUGACAUGCAACCCUGGUUACGAUCAAAAGCUGCACCAGCUGGUUGACUCCUUCCUCCUCACUACUCAUCCGCUCGCGGAUAAGCAGAGGAAGCAGUACCCCCGAGAGAUUAUGGACUUCAUCGACCGUUACAGGGUGAUGUGCGCUCUUGCAUUUUCCCGAGUGGCGACGUUGUCUGGUGACGCCGCAGGGGUCCGCGAGAAAAUGGACCUUACGAUGGCGCUGGCUCGCCACUGUAUGCACUUUCAAGCGCAGAGCUUUAAGGGAUCCCGAGAGACACUGAGCAACGAUACGCUCCGUCUCAUGGGAACCUGUUAUAUCCCGUCGCCUCUUGCGAGCUGGAACCGAAAUCUCAUGGGAUACAGCAGUUCGACUGCGGAGCAGCGAUGGUUGAGGACCGAUACGAGUAUCAAACACAACGACCUCACCAAGCUGUCGCCCAUUGAGUUGUCUAGGGAUGCGGUCAGCCAGGUUACACUAUCUUUCAUCCCUGGAGCAUUUCUGGCACUCAAGGCUCUUAACCGAUUCCCCACGCUGGACUCUUUGAAAGAGCAAGCGACUCACCUCGAUAACGAUCGCAAGGAACACGGCUACGAUCUUCCUGCCGUGGAUGCGAACGGGAUCGGGGAAGCGGCCGCCUUUCGCAACGAAGACGACGAUGAAAAUACCCCGUUGAUGCGCGGGUGGGUCUCGUUCAUGAAAGCGAUGGCUGAGACCUACCCCGGGCGAUGCGUUAGCAUCGAUGAUACGCUCAACUGGGGAGCCAGCACCCCUAUGACCUAUGAGGACGGUGCGGCGCAGACUACCAUCCGCCCGACUGAUGGAUGGGUGUAUGUCCCCGCGAUGAAUUCGGACAUAUACGAUCCUCAGGAAACGUUCCUUCACGGAACGAAUCUCCGAUACCUCUGGUCGAUUCUUGCACACGGAGGCUGCCAGUAG